AUGACAUACUCAAGAGUGUUCGAGUUUCAGCCGGAUAACUUGAUAUCACGCGCAGCAUCCGCAGCGCGGCCGUCACCACCGGCACAGGAUGACAUUCCCGACCUUGCAGCUUUGCGAGAAAUCGCGAGACAACAAGAGGAAGCUUUGCGCCAGGCGGUAGAGCAGCAACAGCACGGAUAUGUUGAACGGAAGCAUUCAUGGCAAAAUGAUGCUCUGUCGAAGAGUGCACACUCGUCAGCCGGUUCACUUGUCAGCAGCAAGUCCGUGGAUGUCCUUCAUAAAACUAAUGCGAAUCCUUCGAGAAUUCCUGCUCCUACGCGUCUGCCCAGGAAGACUGGAAUACCUGCACCAGCAAAAAGAGAUCGGGCUACUCAGACGGAGUUGGAGCUGCUGUACGCUGUGCUUCGGCCGUCCCACAGCCUGCCGACGAUGACGAGUGCUUCUGAAGAUUCUGUUGCGUUCAAAUCACUUGUGAUGUCCUUUUCCAGCAUGUCAUUUCCACGAAACGGAGGUAACACUUCGUGA